UUCCUUCCCCCCCAGAGAAACAUCUGCACGGACGAGCUUCUGUUUUCCUGCUGAUUUUUGGCAGUGUGUCACGCACACACACGCCAACGCAAAAAGGGAGAAAGCGAUGGUCCACGCGUGUUUACGCUCGGAUGUGUCAUCGUUGUAGUAAUUGGCUCAUUUACACGCGGUUCACCUUACGUGCAUUUUAUUAUUAUUAUUAUUUUUCGUAUAUGUAUAUUUUUCCAGUGUUAAGAGGUGAUGUUUGAGUGAAUCGCGUGUUCCAAAGCAAGAAGAGGAGGGUAAUGGAGAGUGUGUUUUUAUUGCUUUUUUCCUUAGUAUUUGUGCGCGCAGUUCACGUCUACCGGUAUGACAACGCCAACAGCCUUCAGCCAUUUAUGCCCAAUGUUUGCCCGGAGCAGGAGGUGAUGCUGGUCGCCCAGAGGCAGCCGUGCGUGCAGGCUUACACGCGCGUGGUCAAAGUGUGGAAGCAAGGCUGCGUGGGGCGGCCCUGGUGCAUGGGAUACCAAAGGAGGACGGCGUACUACACGGCGUACAGACAAGUGUACCGACAGGAUUACCACACCGUCUACAAGUGCUGCCAUGGAUGGUCUCAACGCAACGGAGAAGCGGGUUGCCUCGAUUCUGUGUGCAGCUACGGCAUGUGCUUCAACGGCGGCCAUUGUCGAGAGGGAUCCACCCAGCUAUGCGACUGUCUUGUAGGGUUCAAAGGGCCCAGCUGCCAGUACGAUGUGAACGAAUGCGAGGAGACCAACGGCGGCUGUGAAGCGCUUUGCUGCAACACCAUUGGAAGUUUCUACUGCCGAUGUCCUACAGGACUCAAACUGGACCGGGAUGGCAAAACCUGUCAAGAUAUUGAUGAAUGUCAGGUCCACAAUGGCGGCUGCCAGCACAGAUGUGUUAACACCAGGAGCUCCUACUACUGUGAAUGCCAGAUGGGAUCCCGCUUGCACGUGGACGGACGGACCUGCCUUCCCAUCCACUCUUGCGCCCUCAGCAACGGGGGCUGUGAACACAUCUGCAUCCAGCAGUCUGCCACUCACUUCCAGUGCCGCUGUAAGCACAACUACCAGCUGACAGAGGACGGCAAGCAUUGCAAAUUGCAGAAUCCCUGCGGCGAAAACAACGGCGGCUGCAUGCAUCAGUGCCGGGCCGACGGGAGCAACGCGCACUGCGAAUGCGGGGCGGGCUUCAUUCUGGCCGAAGACGGGCGGACGUGUGAAGAUGUUGACGAGUGUCGGACAGAAGAGGCCAACUGCUCUCACGGCUGCCGCAACACGCCGGGCUCCUUCGCCUGCGUUUGUAACGCCGCCUAUGAGCUGGGAUCAGACGGAAAACAGUGUUACAGAAUCGAGAUGGAGAUCGUGAACAGCUGCGAGAGCGACAACGGCGGCUGCUCCCACCACUGCCAGCAUUCCAGCAGCGGUCCAGUAUGCACCUGUAACCAAGGUUACCGUCUCCACGGCGACCUUAAAACCUGCGUCGACGUGGACGAGUGUGGCCAGCGCGACGCCUGCUGCCAGCAGGACUGCGCCAACUAUCCCGGAGGUUACGAGUGCUACUGCUCAGCGGGCUACCGCCUCAGCACGGACGGCUGCAGCUGUGACGACAUCAACGAGUGUCUGUCGGGAAACGGCGGCUGUGAUCACGCGUGUCAAAACAACGACGGCUCCUACCAGUGCUUCUGCCGCCGAGGGUUCCGUCUGGACGAGAACCGCAUCUCCUGCAUCUCUCUGGACAAUGCAGUCGAGGCCCUGUACGGCGGAGGUGCCGCCGAGCUGCCUCUGAUUCUCCCCCAGCUCACAUUACUGCACGACUCCGGCCAACCUUUGGAGCGCUACGACGACUACGAGGAUGACGAGGGCAACGAGGGCGAGCUGAGGGCCGAGAGCAAUCUGGCCGAGAAGUUUGUGUGUUUGGGCGACACUUUUGGGAACGAUUGCAGUCUGACGUGUGACGACUGUUCCAACGGAGGCAAGUGCAACGCCUGGAAGAACGGCUGCGAUUGCCCUGACGGGUGGACGGGAAUAAUCUGCAAUCAGACAUGCCCAGAAGGCUAUUUUGGCCACAACUGCUCCUUCCCCUGUAAGUGUAAGAACGGCGCCAGCUGCGAUCCCGUCACCGGGAGCUGUCGCUGCCCGCCGGGUGUGAGCGGGGAGCUGUGCCAGGACGGCUGUCCGAAGGGCUUCUACGGGAAGCAGUGUCACAAAAAGUGUAACUGCGCCAAUAACGGACGCUGUCAUCGCACUUACGGAGCCUGCUUGUGUGACCCCGGACUCUACGGACGCUUCUGCCACCUACCUUGUCCAAAGUGGACUUUCGGUGCCGGUUGCUCCGAGGAGUGUCAGUGCAUCCAACACAACACUCUGGAGUGUCACCGUCGUUACGGCACGUGUGUGUGCAAACCUGGUUACCGAGGCGACGCCUGCGAGCAAGAGUGCAGCCCCGGCACGUACGGCGGCGGCUGUGAAAAGGAGUGCGCGUGCCCGACCGGGGUGUCGUGUGACCAUGUGAGCGGGGAGUGCCAGCGAAAGUGCCCGGCGGGUCGUCACGGCGAUGGUUGUGAACAGGACUGCCCCGAAGGAAACUUCGGAGCCGGCUGCGUGCAUCCUUGUAACUGCAGCGGCGCCCCCUGUGACAAAGUGACGGGAAAGUGCCGGUGUCCGUCUGGCACUGCCGGCGAGCACUGUGAAAACGUGUGUCCGGAAGGCUUUUGGGGUGUGGGCUGCUCAGAACCCUGCCCCGUUUGCGAGAAUGGUGGCACGUGCGAUAAACGCAACGGCUCCUGUUCCUGUGCUGCUGGCUUCAUGGGAACCCUCUGUCACAUCUCGUGCCCCAGCGGGCGUUUUGGUCGAGGUUGCCAGUUGAACUGCGCGUGCAAGAACAAUGGCCGUUGCGACCCAGUGAGCGGACGGUGCACCUGUGGACCCGGCUGGACCGGACACAACUGCAGGAAAGCAUGCGACACGGGCCACUGGGGGGCGGACUGCGCGGAGAGCUGCGACUGUCAGAACGGAGACGGCAGCUGUGACGCAGUGACGGGCCAGUGCAACUGCGAGCCCGGUUACACCGGGACGCGGUGCCACGAGAAGUGUCCGGCGGGAAUGUUCGGUCUGGGUUGUCGUCACCGGUGUCAGUGUGACAAUCAGGCGUUGUGCGACCACGUGAGCGGCGCGUGCACCUGCCAGGUGGGAUGGACCGGAACCUUCUGCGAAAAGCUGUGUCCUCAGGGCUUCUUUGGACUGGACUGUCAGAAGAAGUGCGCGUGUCAUAAUGGCGGCCGCUGUGAUGCGGUCAGCGGCCUUUGUUCGUGUCCCGGUGGCUGGAUAGGACCGUUCUGCAACCAUACGUGCCCCAGCGGUUUCUACGGGGAUGGCUGUAACCUCACCUGCGGUUGCCGUAACAACGGCGUGUGCCACCCGGAGAGCGGGCUGUGCGCGUGCACGCCAGGCUGGAUCGGACCUGACUGCGCGCAAGAAUGCCCGGCGGGGUUCUACGGCGCCGGCUGUCAGCACCGCUGCUUGUGUCACAACGGGGCCACGUGCCAUAAAAGCAGCGGAAAGUGUUUCUGUUCUAGCGGCUGGACUGGAAGCGCCUGUGAACUGGAGUGUACGGCAGGCCGCUUCGGGCCCGACUGCCGACACGAGUGCGAGUGUGAGAACGGCGGCCGCUGCGACGGGCGCACGGGACGCUGCAGCUGCGCCGACGGCUGGACGGGAGAACGCUGCCACAAAGCGUGUGACCCGGGCACCUUUGGGCCCGGGUGCAAGGAGACCUGUGGGUGUUCGCACGGGGCGUCGUGCCACCGCGUCACGGGCGACUGUCAGUGCCCGCCUGGCUGGAGAGGAAAACACUGUGACAAAGCGUGCCUGCCAGGUUCUUUCGGGCCAGGCUGCACGCGGCGCUGCAGCUGUUCCGCGGCCACUUCGUGCCAUCACGUGUCAGGCGAGUGCGGCUGCCCGGCAGGACUCACCGGCAGCGGAUGCGAGCAAACUUGCUUGCCCGGAACCUUCGGCCCAAACUGCAAUGAGGUUUGUCAGUGCUCCCUAACCAACCAACUGUGCCACCCGGUGUCAGGAUCAUGCUACUGUGCGCCGGGAUUCUACGGGCCCAAAUGUGACCAAACAUGUGCUGCCGGUCGUUACGGCCCGAACUGCGAGCGGGCGUGCGAGUGCGAAAACGGCGGCGCGUGCGCGCCGUCCAGCGGCGCCUGCGCAUGUCCCCCGGGAUUUAUCGGCGCUCGCUGCAACAACACGUGUCCCGAUGGGCGCUUCGGAGCGGACUGCGCUCAGGUGGCCCGCUGCGAGGACGGGGUUCGAAACCACCCGGUGACCGGUCGCUGCGUGUGCCCGCCUGGGCGAAUGGGAGACCGCUGCGAGCACACUUGUCCUCCGGGUCAGUUCGGCUUGGGCUGCGUUCAGACUUGUUACUGCAGUAACGGCGCCACGUGCCACCCGACGACGGGGAACUGCACGUGCGGCCUGGGAUGGACGGGACGACACUGUGACACGGAAUGCCCAGCGGGCACAUUUGGCGCUGACUGCCUGCAGAUGUGUGAGUGCAAAAAUAACGGGACGUGUGACCGAGUGAGCGGUGCCUGUAGCUGUGGCCCGGGUUACUACGGCCAUGUGUGUGAACACGCGUGUCCGACGGGUUUGCACGGAGCACGGUGCCAGCUGCAGUGCGACUGUGCAGCCGGAGCGUUCUGCCAUCCGGCGUCCGGCCACUGCGUUUGUCCGGCCGGGCGUCACGGCGGUCGCUGCGAGAAAGAGUGUGAACAAGGGCAUUACGGUGAUGGCUGCACUAACUUGUGCGACUGCGAGGGGGGCGCUCUGUGCGACCCCGUCACAGGACGAUGUCUCUGUCCGCCGGGAAAGACCGGAGACAGAUGUGACCUGGAGUGCCGUGAGGAUCGCUUCGGACCCGACUGCACUCAAAGCUGCCAAUGCCAGCACGAGGCUCGCUGCAACCCGCGCAACGGCCGCUGCAGCUGCGUGCACAUGUGGAUCGGAGUCUCUUGUCACGAAGGAGGGCCCCCACUCUUUGACCGAGGAAGCUCUACACAUGAAAACACCUCGUAGCCCCCCCACAUGAUGGACGGCUGGAAAUGUUUGUUUGGAAGCGAUCCACGUGGAAAGAGACUCUGAUGAGAUUCCACUGGGGGAAAGAAGCUUUAACAAGUGGAACAAAAAAAAAAAGAACCAAAGCAGGAAAAAAAAAAAAAUACUCACAUUGGUAUUUUGUAACUACUGUAAAAAUAUUUUUUGUACUGAAUCUUGCUGCCAUGUGUUGUCUCUAUUUGCAGUUUCAUUGGAACCUUUCACGUCCAUCUAUGUAAAUUGUCCUCAUUUUUAAAGACGAAACUUAUUCUGUCAGUUCCUGUUUUUUCUAAUUUUGUUAUUGCAGGAAUAUUGGGGGUCACACACACAAAAAAAAUAUUUUUGACAAGAAUAUUUUUUGGAAAAAUGUUAUUUAACAGAAAAAAAAGCUUUAGCUAUUUUUUGUGAUAAGUUACUACUACCGAGUAAAUAAAACAUUUUUUAAAAAUGGUAAUAAAAACAUUUCACAUUUCUGAA